GGUCGCGCCAUCUUGGUGAGGUCGCAUCGCACGUCCGUCAGAGGGGGAGAGGGGGUGUUUUGGAGCCCGUCAGCGAGCGGGAGGCAGGACAAGAUGGCAGAGCCGCGAGCAAUUGUGGGGCAACAGAAAGUGUCCGGGCCGGACGCGGGGCUGGAAAUGGACCAGGUGGAGUACACCCUCCGCAAGCGCCUGCCACACAAGCUGCCCAAGCGCAAGAAUGACAUCUACGUCAACAUGAAGACGGACUUCAAGGCCCAGCUGGUGAGGUGCCAGAAGAUGCUGGACAGUGGCCACUAUAGCGAGAUCUGUAUCCAUGGGCUGGGGCUCGCCAUUAACAGGGCCAUCAACAUCGCCCUUCAGCUGCAGGCCAACAGCUUCGGGGCCUUGCAGAUCGCGGCCAACACCUCAACCGUGGAGCUGGUCGAUGACCUGGAACCAGAACUGGACGAGGGGGAACCGCUUACCCGAACCCGGAAUAACUCUGCCAUCCACAUCAAGGUCUUCCACAGCCUCCCGAAGUAGCCAGGAGCCUGCUGUCUGGGGUGCGGGGGGGGGGGAAAGGGGGGAGAAAUACUACUAGCAA